AGUUUUAUUUUGCUGUGUGAUCUAAAUAAUAAUUAUUUUUAUAACAUAUUUUCAUUUUUUCUGAUUGACUGAAAAUAUUGAAGCUUAAUAUGUAACAGUCGAAGUAUAAUUUACAACAAAUUUACCUUGGCUAUUAUAAGGUUAGAACAGUAUAAUAAAGGGAAUGAGAAAAUAAAUUGUUUCAAAAUGAGUUAUCUCACAGUUGAUCGCCAUGCAUCAUCGGCAAUGAAAGGAAGUUCCGAAGAUAUAAAAGAAAAUAAUGAAGAUCUCGAGGUGGAUAAUUCCAAAAGUGUUUUAUUGAAAAUAGCUACCCUCUAUGCUGAGCAGUUGAUGAGUGACCUUACUUUAGAAGUAGCAGGAGUUGGGUAUCCAGCACAUAGACUCAUACUUUGUGCCAGCAGUGAAGUUUUUCAGGUGAUGCUUAUGAACCGUGAGUGGAGUGAGUGGCGUGAAAGUCGCAUUGUACUUCAGGAGACACCAACAGCUGCUGCGGUAUUCCCACAUUUUUUGAAAUACUUUUACACAGGUCUAAUAAAGAUUUCUCAUGAGACUGUACUCCCUGUAUUGUCAUUGGCUGACAAGUAUAAUGUCAAGGAUCUGGUGACAUUAUGUCUGGAGUACAUGUCGCAGCAUAUAGCGCAGGCGGCUAAGCGUGGACAUCUCAUUACCUGGAUGCAGUACACCAUGGCAUGCGGACACAACGAUGUCGCUAAAGCUUGCCAGAACUUCGUGAAGUGGAACCUGGAGUGGGUGUGGGCGGAGUGCGAGCUGUCCGAGCUGGAGGCCGACACGCUGCUGGCGCUGCUGCACCACUCCGACCUCGUGCUGCACAACGAGAUGACCCUCUACCGUUUUGCGGUACGUUGGUUGAACAAACAGCGAGAGCGUAUAGCGGACGCGGGACUCUCCGAAGCUGAAACUAAACAACACUGGGACACUUUAGUGAGCGACGUCUUCUCACAUGUACGGUUUCCAAUGAUGUGUCCGAAGCAACUGGCCAAGUUGCUCCUGUGUCCGCUGACGCAGGAACAUAAGGAGUUCUUUAUGGAACGGAUGGCCAUCGCCAUGAGUUACCAAUCAGGUCAGUACGAGCGCGUGGCGGAGGUACAGUCGACCGAGGGGGGCCGCAUGCUAUUCACACCGCGACUGUACACGGAGGACACGUGGGGCUCCGUGGUGGGUGUUGAUAACUUCCACUCGCUGCCGAGCUACCACACUCGCACCUUCAUAUUCUCCACGCGCCGCGCCAUCGCCGACCACUCGCAGGACAUCAACGAGUGGACCGUCGACCUCUACCCCAAGGGCGUCUGGUUCAGGAAGAGUCUGCUCAUCGUGUGGGCCGGCACUUAUGAUGUACCAGAGGUGGUGUUACGUACGGUGCGUAUAUCUAUCACGUGCCAGAACUGUCCCGAACCGGACGACGAACAGAUGGACGAACCAGACGUCAGGGUUAAGAUCGGCAUCCUUGUGUGGGGGGUACAGAAAGGAGUCGAACACGUAUCUUCUGUAGUGGAGAGAGUGCACCGAUUCUCCUCACAGAACAGGGUGUUGAACAUAGACGGGGCGUUAGACUUCGAUGAGUUGAACACUCCGCUAUACACACCCCCCACCACCCCCGAGUGCCACUCCCCCGCCGCCCGCCGCACAAGCCGGUGUCCAAAAUGUUCGGAGGCCGCUGAUAACCCUGAGCCCAGACAUCUACUCGGACCUAACAUGGAUCAGUUGCGGAUACAAGUGAUAAUAGUACCUUUAACGGACUACUGCCACGUGGAGACGACCGGAUGACCCACUGUCACAUAUAAAACCCGUUUAUGCCAAGUACAUAGAUAGCUAUUGCUCAUUAGAGUUUGCUGUAGAAAUGCGCAGCCGUAAAAAUAAUAAUGCAUCAGUUCCUGUAGAUCUGCAGUUUAAAAUGAGUCAAUGAUUAAAUCUGUUGAAGCACAAAUGUAGCAGUUAU